GCUGAACCAUUACCCUGGCGGGGGGGUGAAAGAUGUGUGUGAGCGUGGAAGAGCGCGGGGCGGCCGCUGCGCUUUCCCGCUCGCCCACCUUCCGCACCUGUCCCGGUGGAGGCGCCCCGCGGGGAGGCGGAGCGGGCGGUGUCGCUCAGCGCCGGCGGGAGAUGCGAAGGAGCUGAGCGGGAAGGCGGCAGCGCUCUCUCGGCUCUGCCUCACCGCGCGGCUCUGCCCCACCGCCCGCCUCAGCUGCCCUCGCCUGCCAGUCCUUCACCGCCCGGCUCUCCUUCAGCGCCCGCCUCAGCUCCCCGCUCCCGGCUCUCCCUUCAGCCCUCCCUCCCGAGGAUACCCCGCACCAUGUCCUUCCGCCAGAGGAGCCCGCACGGCAGCACGAAGAGCAGCCCGCAGCACCCCCCGCGCUGGGCCCAGGCGCGGAAACGCGGCGCCGAUGGGAGGCGGCGGCGGCAGAACGAGCCCGAAUCCUCCGUGUUUGAGGAAAACAAGGCCAGGCCCGAGGACAGCCGGCUGGACAGUUUUACAACACCAGAAGGUCCUGGACCCCUUCCCCGGUGUUUGGACUGGGGAACUGCAGUGGAGGAAGAUGAAAUGAGGACCAAUGUUAACAAAGAAAUUGCAAGACACAGAAGAAAACUCCUGAUAAAUGAAUUUUCAAGAGAAAGGAAGUCCUCCUCAGGAAGUUCUGAUUCAAAGGAGUCCACGGCGACGGUAGAACUUGAGACAGAUGAGGUGGUUCUGCUGAGAAGACAAAAACAGAUAAACUAUGGAAAAAACACCAUUGCAUAUGAUAGAUACAUUAAAGAAGUACCUAGAUGCCAUCGUAUACCAGGAGUUCAUCCCAGAACUCCAAACAAAUUUAAGAAGUACAGCCGGAGGUCGUGGGACCAGCAAAUUAAACUGUGGAAAGUUGCACUGCAUUCCUGGGAUCCUCCGACUGAGGAAGGGUGUGAUCUGCAGGACAUUUGUCCUGUUGACCUUGGUGAGAUGGAGACAGAAUCUGUUGGAAGCAAUUCUACUGAAUCCCAGACGAGCUGUCAAGAUAAUGAUGAUACCUGUUCCAGCACUCCCACCAAAGUUAGACAUGUUGAUUAUCAAGCAGAAGGAGAAUUUGACUUGGAAGUGUGUUUGAGUGAGCCACUGAAAGAAUUUGAUACUGUGAGUUAAAUAGUCUCGUGCAAACUGUUGUAGAGAAAGUUUUUUAAAUUUAAGAGAUGUUAGCUUGAUCCAUAACCUGUUAAUAGUAAGAAAGCUUAAGCAAAGUUGAAGACUGUUCUCAAAGCUGUGAUUGGUCUAAAUAUUCUCCAGACCAGACUUAUGUAAAAUUGCAAUUAAGUUGUUUGACUUAUUGUUAACUUUUAAUUUAUGUAUAUCAGAUUUCUUUUUAUAAUUUUUUCAAUAGAAAAACUAGCCAAAGGCAGUGCUAUACUCUAGUAAUUAUAAAUAGCACAGCAAGAUCUUACCAAUUUCCCCCAUUUCUUCCCCCACUGUGAACAAGAUUGUCCACCUGCAGAUCAAGAGCCAAGUACAGAGAUUUUUUUUAACCUUGCUUUUACAUCUGGCUCUUGUGAAACACCUGACCUGAAGUAAUGCACGUGGUACUCAACCAUGUGUCUGAUUUGUACUAGUAAACCCAUCUACUGCAGUUAUUCUAAGAUUAACUACCUUAUCUCUUUUUUACAAAAAUGCUUCAGAAACAAUUGGAAGUUUAAUACUCUCAAGAAAUUCAAGUCAGCAUGGUAAUAUCUAUGCAGUGAUGGUGGAUUUUUUUAGAAGUAAUAGUCUUAAUUUGAAAUUUUUAAAUAGUUAUCAGUCAUUUAUUAAUGCAGUCAAGAUACACUAGGGAAAGUGCUUGAUUCUUUCAGUUUUCUGUUUUUAAAUGUAAAACUGUUGUAAAUGUUAACAACUGUACAGAUUUUCUGCUGAGAGCAGUUCAUGUUUCUAUUGCUUCUGCGUGGGAUGUUGCUGGAAAAUAAACAGAACUGCAUUUACUUUUA